GCGGGCUCUCUCCUCCAGUAAAACUUCCCGAAGAGAAAGCGCAGGAAGCACAGGAGCAGCCAGCAGUGGAAGAGGCAGAGGGAGGCUGAGGAUGGAGCUCGCCCUUCCUCCCCUGCCAUUUUGUAGCCACCGAACAUUCUACUUUCUCUAGAAAAGUUCAAGGCUCUCUUCUCCCAGCCGGGGAGCAGAAAGCAGGACCCUCGCAGUGACAGUGACCUCGCCCCUGAAGGCGGUGGACCUCAGGACCAUGUCCCUCAUCCCUCGGCUCCGGUGGAAUGACGCCCCGCCGCGGCUGUCAGCCCGGAGCCCUGCCGAGAUGGUGCUGGAGACCCUCAUGAUGGAGCUGGCUGGGCAGCUGAGGGAGGUGGAGAGGCAGCAGAGGGAGCGCCGCAGCGCGGUCAAGAAGGUCUGCACGGGCGUGGACUACAGCUGGCUGGCCAGCACGCCCAGGCCCUCCUAUGACCUGAGCCCCGCAGAGCGGCUGCAGCUGGAGGGCGUGUGUGCCAGGAUCCACCCGUCCUACUGCGGGCCUGCCAUCCUCAGGUUCCGACAGCUGCUGGCCGAGCGCGAGCCGGAGGUGCAGGAGGUGGCCCGGCUCUUCCGCUCGGCGCUGCAGGAGGCCCUGGAGAAGAUGAAGCAGGAGGAGGAGGCCCACAGGCUCACGCGCCAGUGGAGCCUGCGGCCCCGCGGCAGCCUGUCGUCCCUGAAGACCCGCGCCCGCAUCGCGCCCGUCGCCAGCGACAUCCGCACCAUCUCGGAGGAUGUGGAGCGCGGCGCGCCACCCCCGCCGCGCACCUGGAGCAUGCCGGAGUUCAGGGCGCCCCAGGCCGACUGACCGCCGGCGGCGACCUGCAGAGCGGUGCUGGAGCCUCCCCACCCACCCCGACCCGCAGACCCGGCGAGCACGGCCCACCCCAGAGGGCGCGGACUGGCCUCCGGACGGGUCCUUGCUCCUGCCUGAUAGCGACACCAGCGGGGUCCUCCCCAUCUCCUACCGCCCUCCGGAACAGGGAACAAGUGUCUGCCCCUUUGACAAGGCCUGCACCCUCGCCCCAACUUCAGGGAUGCCCCAUCUAUCCUACCCAUUCAGGGCACCUUUCCUGGUGACACUCACUGCAAGGGAGCCCAGCCUUGGGGUCCAGGACUGCUGGCGGGGGCCACAGAGACUGUACGACCCUCUGUCCAGCCAGCGAGUGAAGGGUGGAGUCUUUCUCGGGUCUCGCUGCUUUUGCCUUAACUCUGAUGCGUCCAGCGUGGGGCUGUUCCUGCCUCCGAGUCCCUGAAUACCGGGUUAUGACGGGGCAGGACCAAUGACUGUAUCUCCAACCGCGGCGGUCUUACCCGUUCCUUACCGCCGCAUGGGUUAGGGUGGGGUGCUCUCCAGGAAAGGUAGCUAGGGGUGGGUAGGUAGGGCGGCCAUCACCCCACCCCACAGCGUCAUCACGUGGAGUCAGGGCUUAGAAGCCUUCAGACCUCCUGCUGGAGCCGAGGACUCCAGUCCGGGGAUCCUCCUGUCCACACCUGCUCUCCAGCUUUCUCUAGGAAGUGAGGUCACCUCUAACGCCUGAGCAAACCAGUCCCAGGCAUCUUCCUGCUCUAACUGAUGGCGUCAGCCCACACACUCUAGGGUAUAAGUGGGGUUCAGGGGAGGGUGUGUCCCCAGUACCCAGUGCAAGCCCAGAAAACACAAGUGAACCUCUUAAUAGCCUAAUAAAAAUCCCAGGGGAGGAAAAUCAGCAGGUAAUGCAAGUAGUCCCUGGCUCAGUGGGAAGUCUCCGCCUCGCCUCUCCUCUCUCUUCCUUCCUUGCUUCCUUCUUUCCUGCCUCCCUCCUUCUCCUCCUCUUUCAAGACAGGGCCUCUCUACAUGUCUUGCUGGUUAACUGAUUCUCCUGCUUCAGCCUCCUGAGCGCUGAGGUACAGAACGGGUAUUUCUCUUAAAUAACCUGGUUUUGGUACAUCAAUGGCAUCUGGAGAGAAUGAGAGGAUGGCACAAUCAUCUUAGCCACCGCUGUCAGAAUGAAGGAGCUGGUUGGCUCGUUAGUAUAAUCACUUCUAAAUAAAAACACCUUUCAUUGGAA